GCAGGAGUGAAGAUCGAACCCAACGCGGUCGACGUGUAUUUCUGGCAUGCUGACUACGCUGCACCGUCGAGUUCCUAGCUUGUGCUAUGGUCUGUGGAUGGUAGAAGAUCGACGGAGCGGGACGCAGCGUAUCCGGGCUGGCAAGGCUGUGCCAUCUGUACAGGACUUUCCUGGUUGUCGAGUAGAGAAUAGAGAGUAUGUGGAGUAGAGAAUUCGGCGGACAAAUAAAGUUGAGUUUCGACGAUCGCUUAGCAAGUUAGUUCGAUGGAGGGCUGAGCGUGUAGUGUAGAUCUACCCAUGUCCUGAUACUGCCAAGAAAGAACAGGCUUGCUUUCGUCAACUUACUUGGCGUGAGAUAAAUAAUUGGCGUGAGAGACAUGGCCGAGUCGGAUGACGGCUUGAACAGAAAGGGCUACCAAUCGACUGCUGGCGGACUCGGUGAUCCUAGUCGAUACGUUCCUCUACUCGGUGGCGAGAGGCAGUACACGAGCGGAAAUGUCCGCUACAACACGACGUCCACGGUUGAAGCCGGUGUGGAGACUGGAACGGUGCGGGAAAACAAUCCGCUCUUCGAGCCGAAGAGGAAAGACGAAGACCCAGACAUGGGCUGGCUGACCACUUCUUCCAUCAACUUCUCUGACAUUGUCAAGGAGCAGAGAGGCACGGAGAGCAUCGAACAGGGCAAAAAGGUGCACCGCAUGGUCUUCCACUUCACGCGAGACUGGUUGUACAAAAUCCUUGUUCUGCUAACCGGUGUGCUCCUGGCGUUUGGCUGGGGACUGCUUUUCGGCUCGUGCUCCUACGUCGUGAAUUGGCUGUGGAGCCCCCUGGUUCGCUUCUCCAAAACCUUCACCUAUGCGUGGGGAAUCCUUGGCAGGGCCGUCAUCCGCGGUGCAUGCAGUCCGUUCUACAGUGGAGUCGACUUUGUUUGGAACUCAUUGCGGCUCACCCUUUCCAAGAAGAACUUGGUUGAAGCAGGAGUCAGCGCCACCGCAGGUGGCAUAGCGUCAGCAAUUUAGGAUUCAAAGUGAACAGCCUAACUUCGACAUGGGACAGCUGAGCUUUCAGAACUUUUUUCACUGAUGAGGAAACCGGUUUAGUGCAUGAUGUACUGCUCCUAGUUGCUUUUAGCAUACCCCCCCCCCCCCUCUGCAUUUUCCGCAUUUCCUGCCCCAUCAGAGUCGGGCAAGGCUGCGAAAGGCUUGUCGUGACUCGAUCAUGUGUGACCUCUCUGGAGUUUGCCCCCGGCAUAGUCAUGUCAGGUCACAGGUAGCAGCCUGCACCCAAUGAUACACUGGUGCCCUUGAGGAGUUGAUCUCUGCACGCCAGGCUUUCUGACAUUCUCCCUGGUCAACGGACACACAUCUCGCCCGUUUGACCUCAGUUGCGUUUAUGUGUACGGUGCUGCUCAAUCAUAGUGAAAUCCGGUUGCGUUAGUCAAGUUUGCGCCUUGCACCAUUUUGCAGCCCAGCGUUCGCCGGUCUCGCGCGUACUUUAGUGACGCGACUGGACUUCAUUGAGCAGCACUGUACCGUCGGAGUGCAGAGUUCAUGUGCUACAGAAGAGACGAUUCAGUCUAUAUCCUGGUUUGAAGCUUUCAGCAAAUGUUGCAA